AUGUCUGGUGGUAAAGGUAAAGCCGGUUCUUCCGAAAAAGCUUCAACUUCAAGAUCUGCUAAAGCAGGUUUAACUUUCCCAGUUGGUAGAGUUCAUAGAUUAUUAAGAAAAGGUAACUACGCUCAAAGAAUUGGUUCUGGUGCUCCAGUCUACUUAACUUCUGUUUUAGAAUAUUUAGCUGCUGAAAUCUUAGAAUUAGCCGGUAAUGCUGCUAGAGAUAACAAGAAAUCCAGAAUUAUUCCAAGACAUUUACAAUUAGCCAUUAGAAAUGAUGAAGAAUUAAACAAAUUAUUAGGUCAUGUUACCAUUGCUCAAGGUGGUGUCUUACCAAACAUUCACCAAUCCUUAUUACCAGCUAAGAAACCAAAGGCAGGUAAGGCUUCUCAAGAAUUAUAA